GUAUUCUCAACGCAAAAAGUAUGCAAAAAUAGUGUUUUUUCCGUGUAAUUAAAGCGAAAAUUGUGCAAUAUUAAACAAAACUGUGCCAAGUGAAUGUGAAAGACUACCCAAGUAGCGACUGGCAAAAGACGUCGCCAUGGAGUCAUCAGACGCAACAAUGGAGGAGCAGAAGCUUAUGUCGGAGGCCAAGUACCGCAAUUAUAUGACGAAUAUUGACAAAGCGCUGCGUAAUUUCGAAUACUCCAGCGAGUGGGCGGAUUUAAUAUCGGCGCUAGGCAAGUUGAGCAAGGCUAUAUCGAGCAAUUCGCAGUAUCCAGUAAUACCAAGACGGUUGAAGAUUUCGAAACGUUUGGCACAAUGUAUGCAUCCCAAUUUGCCGUCCGGUGUCCAUUUGAAGGCACUGGAAACCUAUUCGGUUAUAUUUAGUAAAACUGGUCCGGAACGUUUGGCCUCGGAGUUCAUUUAUAGCGCCGGGCUCUUUCCGCUGCUUGGCUAUGCGGCAAUGAAUGUUCGCCCCGCACUCCUGUCCAUCUACGAAAUGUAUUUUGUGCCGUUGGGAGAUAAAUUGCGUCCGGCGUUGAGCGGUUUCUUGAAUGGUGUGCUUCCCGGAUAUGAGUGUGGACUGGACCAUUUUGAGCGGACCAGCUCACUUUUGAAGAAAGUUUGCAUAGCCGUCAAUCCCAUGCAUUUCUACACAGUUUUGUGGGAAUCGGCAGCUACUAAUGCUGCAAUUCGUCUGCCUGCUAUCACAUAUGUUCUGGAGCACUUUAACAAACGUCUGGAUAUGCGAGAACAAGUCUACAUCAUGGGCCACAACCAGGAGGUAAUGAUGUCUGCGUUAUGCGCCUGUCUCAACGAUUCUGUGAUAUUGGUGCAACGGAACACUCUGGAGUUUCUGCUGCUCGGCUUCCCCAUGCACACAACACUGCUGGGCGAAGAGGAUCUGGUCAAGCUGGUGACCAAUGGUCUUAACACUAUACUAAGGCGUGACAUGUCUCUAAAUAGACGACUAUUUUCAUGGCUGCUCGGUGCUGAGGUUUCGAAGAAUUCGCCCACCUAUGACACACUCUCCUUAGACGCGGUACCUGUAGAUGAGGAGCCAUACUUUGUGAAGCACUCUCGUCACAUACUGAUACGUGCGCUGAUCAAUACACUGCGCAUCAGUCUUGAGUGUGCGCCAAUGGACCUAAAACCCUAUCGAAUUAUGUUGUCGCUACUGGAUAAGGCAGACAUUGGCAGCGCUGUUCUGGACUUUGUCUUGUGUGACAUUAUUCGAACCAUGUACAUAUCCAGCGGCAAUUUGGAAGCCCUAAAAUCGGCCAACUUGCUUUUUGCCACAUUCGAUCCGGCCUACAUAUGGAGCUUUAUGACAAACAUGUUCGACAAUGCCUGCCAGCAGGCACAAGCAACAGACAUAGCGCAGCGUCAAUCGAAAAUCGAGAGCAAGUACCCAUGUGAUGUGGGUUCUGGAGACCCAUUUGUGAUUGAAAUUUGUGUGCUUACCGAAUUCCUCCUCGAAACAGUCUCCCUCGAAAUGUAUAGAGAGACAACAUGCGUUUAUCUGCCAAAAGUAUUCUUAGCCGUCACACAACUGCUCUCCCUCUACAUGGAUCAUGUGACCAGCGAAGAGAUAACAGCCUCGCUCAAGCUCUGCAUGAAAAUUGUGUCGCGCGUUCAGCCCAUGAUAACCAGUCCCAUUAAAUUGGCGCCCACAAUGACUCAAUGUGCUCCAUCGUUCGAGGAUAAAAGCAAAAGCAUAGAAGCACAAGGGAGCUCUGGUAGCGGUACAGGCACCUCCUCGCUGGAGAAGAGCAAAUCUGAUUCGCGUCUAAAUCAUUUUGCCGACAACUUGAUGCAUAGCAAACACAAUAACCAGGACGAGGUUAUAAGACGCUCGGCUUCGAAUCACAGCGUCGGUCGUCAUAGUCCAAAGAAGAAGGCCAAGUCGUUCUCACGUCUAUCGGAGCUCGAUAAAGAUAUAAGCGCUUCGGAUACGGGCCAGCAAUCCUCUUCUGACUUGGAUACGCCACGCAGCAUUAAGAAAAUAAAGGCAAAGGUUCCAUUCGGGCUUCGAAGCAGUCCCAAAAAGACUCGACCCAAGGAUAUUGUGCUAAUACAAGCAAAGGCUGAUGACAAUCCAGCAGCAAAGGCAGAUGAUGAAGCUGAAACUGUCGAUACGCCCAAAAGCGCACCACCUGAUCAACUGGAGGGUGGGAACAUCGAUAGCUUUGUAUUGGAUGAUGAAACAAAGGAGGCAGAGAAGCGCGGCUACUCCAUAUUGGAGAAAUGCAUACGCCAGUAUGAGAUCUUCUUUGAGGUCUACCUGGCACGCAAAUUGCUGAAAAUAGAAAACGCCACUCCCGAUACUAUUGUCGAUGCUAAUAAAUGUCCGGUCAAAGUUCAACUGCAGCGCAGCAGCAGCGGCGGCGCAACCCACAAUGCCAACCUCUUCAUGGUCGAGCAUGUUGUGGAGCAUGAGUGCGAGAAGCGAGUGCAGCAAAUCGAGCGUUUAUUUAAGCUGUUGCGCGUAGAUGUUGUGCCUCGUUCGAAGCAACUACAGCGGUUGCUCCACCGCUCGUUGCCGCCGCAGUUUACCUCGGCCAGCGAAUUGAGCAGCGACAGUGACCCGGAUGCGGAACGUGAAAAGCUGGGGAUCGAUUCCCAGACACAGCAGAGUGUGCAGCAAUUGAUGGAACUGCAUGUUAGUGAUUCACUGCGUGCUGCUGUCAAAUUAGCCGCCACCUUGCUGGUCGAAAUGUCCACGUUUCCCAAUUGUAACAAGCACAUUGUCCUAGACAAGAAUGUGCAAGAGCUACCCAAUUGGCUGAAGGUUCUGUGCCUCGUCGCCUGCUUCACCCAAGCUGAUAAGGAACUACAAGUUUCCGCCAUCACAACGCUCUUCGAUCUAAUCAGCCUUCUUCGCUCCCAAAUCGAACAUGCCACUAGUCCGGGAGUCACGUUCGUCGUCAUGCUGCCCCUCCUUAAGUUUGGCCACGUUAGCUACAUGGAGCAGAACACGCGCGUGUUUCAGCUUGUCACAUCGACAUUGUGGGACUAUUUGGGACCAGAGAUGGAUCCAGCACAGAUCGCUGCACUGCUCUAUCAGCUGCACAGUUGUCUGGAAAGCGGUCUCGUUGAAACGGUAAUUGGAAAUCGCAUGUACGCACAGUAUUUGCUGCACCAUUUUGAGACGAAUGGUCUGGACAAAAGUGCCUGCAAGAUGCGUACGACUAGCUCCUUGCAGAUAUUUAAUAAUGAUCGUGUGUCGGAUGUGCACAUGAUUUGUCCUUCGAGCUCGAUGGAACGAUUGCGUGAGAGCAAGUCACGGAGCUACAAGAAAUUCGAACUACUCUGGCAUUUGGGUCGCGACAAGCAAACGUCGCGUGGGUUUGAGAAGACAUUGCUAAAAGUUUUGGACACAUUGGCCCUUCCUCAUUACAUGUCAGAGCGAACGUUCGUAACGAAUUGGCUGCAGGCGUCGCUUCUGCGCGGCGAUUUAUCGCGCCUGACAAAACCGUUGUUUAAAAUACUGCUUGCCGCCAAUUCAAAGCGGGUGGGUAUCGUCCAUAUGCAGCAUUUAUAUCGUGAGGCAGACGAAACGACAGGUAAUGACGAACCGAAUGACCAGAGCGAGCGUUAUAAUGGUUCCUUCGAACGCGAUGUAUACGCGAUUAGCUCAGAGCACGGAAACAUUAAAUACCAUCACAUGGAGCCUUCAAGCAGCAAGAAAAAGAGUCCCAUACGUAAUUUUCCAAAGAAGAUAUUUGGCGUGACGCUGAGUGGCAAAGCGAACAAAACUUCCAAUUUUGUUAGCGACAAAUCAGCGAUGACCCCAACAUUAUCAACUGAAGUGGCACAGGAUCUAACCACAAUUGGUCUGAUCAUAAAUCCUUUGGAGAAUUCGCGCGAUUUCGAUGACGAAACUGAUUUUGAGGAGCCCAAAAUAGAGCUAGCGGCGAGUAGCAAAGAUGAGCAAACACCACUGGAGGAAAAAAUUGCGAACGCAAUGGAUGAAUCGGAUCAGCAGCCACCACAAGACGAGCCUUCAAAUGAGCAAGAAACCGAUUCUCGGAUCCACUUUGAACAGGACUUGACGGACGAUUCCGAUAGCAGCGACUUUGAGUCAGACUCGGAAGUGCGGGAGCCGAGCAUCGAAAAGGAAGAGAGCCCAACUGUAAGCUCCGGCGCAGGCGUCAGUGGCAGUGCAGCAACCGCUGGAUGCGAUGAUGUGACACGUUUUGUGGGUGAUUGUGCCACAGACAUGAUGACCCAACACGAACGCAUCAAGAGUCGUAAGACCUAUCGGUUGACGCGUGAGAAAACGCCGGGGGAAUCAAGCCUUUUGUCAACCACCACUACAACAACAACCGAUGAGCAAGCCUCGAUAGACGCGUCAAGUGUGCCAGAUAAUGAGCACGCCCUACCAGCGGAUGAAUAUUUUCGCGAAGUCAAACCAUUAACCAGCAAUGACCAGGAACCGAGUAUUUUGCCAUUCAAAAAAUCGGACAAAAAAACAUCUCGCCACUUGGCUGGUGGAUCCAAAGAGAAGCGCAAGCGUAAAAAAUUUCUAACUAGCAGCGAUAAGAAGCGGCUCAGUUGUAUAUCGAAAACAUCUACGGACAGUAACAAUAGUCAUGGGGAAGCGCCAGUCGCUGCUGCUGUCGAAGAAGAUGCUGAACAUAACGCAGAGCCCUGUGUGCAAAGUGAAGAUGAGACCGUUGAGUCUGAAUCACAAACAGUUUCGUUGCAGACUAUCUCAGAUAAUGCGGCGACCAUCAAUGUAGAGGAUAAGCGUCGCAAUCUGAGCCUUGAGACUAGCAAACUGAAACAAGACUGGGAACUCACUCAGAAGACGCUGGAGAAGAGCAAACAAAAUGUCGAGAUUCUGCGUCAGAAUGCCGCUCAAAAUGCCGAAGAACUAAGCAUACGCUCCUCCACAAAAAGCUGUAGCUCCCUCAGUGACAUACGCAAGAUGCGUAAUGCGGACGUAGUGCAUCUGUUCCACAAUCAUCUGCUUAUAUAUUUGGCAAUCUAUGACACCAGACAGACAUUGUACGCUUUUCAGACGCUUCGCAACAUUAUAAGCUGCGACAAACGCACCUUUUUGUGUCUCUCGAUCACAACUUCCUUCUCCAGCGGCAGUCUCAAAGAGAUGUUGAUUCGUCAUCGAAAGAGUAUUUCAGGCAAGGACUUUGGUGGCAGCGUCAACAACUCGGAGUACGCGCAAAGUUAUCGCGGUUGCAUGCAUUUGGAGCUUCUUGUGACCCUUUGUCUGUUCUAUGCCCGCGGCUACUUCCAUCGCGAGUCUUUGGACGCAAAGAGUGAGGCACCAACACUGGAUGACAUUGCCAACAACAGAAGAGUACAGUUGGAGAGCAUCGAUUUGCUCACCCUCAUCUGCACCGAACUCAUUGAUAUUGUUAAGGGCAUGGGCAAAGGACUUGCCUGCUAUAUUGCCGAUCUAAUGGCGCGCUGCAAGCUGCAGAAAGUGAUCCUUCAUUGUCUGAACUCCUCGGUCUGCACCUAUGGACGAACGUUGCGCAAUGUUGGCGGCAGCUUUGCCGAGCAGGUGCUCAGCUUCAACGAUCCACAGGACGAUCAUCUACAUGCCGAAUGCUUUCAAGUGCAGGUGCUGCGUUUAUUGCUGGCUGUCAUUAAGCUGGAAUACGAGGUCGAUUUUUUGCGCAAUGAUUUGGCGACCAAUGGUGGCAGCAACUCUGCCUCAGCUGCCGGCAAGGAUGAGGUCACAGGCAAUGUAUCGCCGACGCGCCUUGCCCAACUUAAUGCCGAAGUAGCCAACUCGAAUGUCAAGUACUUGCCCAAUUGCCUGAUUAGUCAGCAGCCAAUGUUUUUGGCCGCCGUCCUCAGUGCGUUGCAAGACGAGCGUCUGCGACAUUUGCAUCGCAAUUGGACGCAUUUGGUGACCAGUUCACUUAACUGUUUCAACUUCGGAUCACUGACCAACAUCGUGAUUAGUGUAGUGCAUCAAUUAUGCAACAAUAUCGAUCGCAUUGCCAAACUGACUCUAAAGGAACAGGAGAACUUUCCCCCAGACUAUGUGGUGUCGCAGCUAGAGGCCGUCACUAUACUCUGUCAUUAUUGUUUGCUGGACAACACACAGCAAACGGCACUGUCGCAUCUCUUUAAUCAAGCAUAUCCGCAGACGAGUGCAGCCUCCCAAAGCUCCAACACGGGCCAGCUGCUCAACAACAUUGUGCACUCGUUCCUAUCCAGCAACGCCAGCAGCGCCUCCAGUGACGCACAUAUGCCGCGCAAUCCACACCUACAGGCGGCACGCAAUGCGGUACUCUCUCAUCUGUCUCGCAUCAUGACCAGCGUGGCGGCCAUUUGGGACAGUUCGCUGGGCCAAGUGCGUGCUGUAAAGCAACAGCUUAUGGAGUUCCUGUCACCAGUGUCGCUCCAUCAUGGCUGCAAUUUCCUAACUGCCGUAGCGGUUACAUGGCAAGAGCGUGGUGAGGCCCAUCGUCGCCGCUCGAAAAUCACAAGUCAAUUGUCAAUAGCCGAGCAAUUCCAACGCAACUCCAUGCUACAGGCCUGCCCGGAGCAGCUGAGCUUGGUAGCGCUUGUAUCGAGCAUACGUGUCAUGCCAAUGGACUCAUUUGUACAGACCCUGCAUCUGGUGGUUAAAUCACCGCCACCCAUUCAUCGGCCGCCCGCCUAUCUGAGCAUUGAGGUUAGUGCCCUAGAGUUGUUCUAUUUCUACAUGAAAUCAGCGUCGGCCCCUCAACUUGCUGAUGCCUGGGCCUCGUUGUUGGUGCUGAUACGUGACGGCAUGAAUCUGACACCACCGGCUCAGUUUGCUCUGCUUAUGCUGCUGAACGAAUUCGUUCAGCGCUGCCCACAGAUGCCGUUUCAGGACAAAAAAGAGGUACGGGAACUGCACGAUGUCACUUCACGGCUAGUGGACUCGUUGUCGACCGUGGCCGGUGCUUGUCUAGAGCAGACGACAUGGCUGCGUCGUAAUUUGGCCGUCAAGGAGGACACUGAUGGCAAUACAAAGGAUAAUAGCAUGGGUGGCAUCCAACAGUAUUCUCUGCAGGCCCAAAGUGUGUUGGCUGCCAUACUCUCGAACCUGCUGGACGUCGCUUACGGUUCACAGGAGAAGGACAAGGUUGUGACUAUUGUCACAACGCUGCUCUAUAAUAUAACACCCUAUUUGAAAAAUCACACGGCACGCAAUGUGCCCUCCUUUUAUGCUUGCUCCGCGCUAGUGGCUAGCCUAAGCACUUUUCAGUACACACGCAAGGCGUGGCGCAAGGACAUGCUGGAUUUAAUGCUGGACAAUGCCUUCUUCCAAAUGGACAUCUCAUGUCUGCCCUUCUGGCGUCAGAUACUGGAUAGUCUCAUGACCUAUGACAAUACUACAUUCCGUGAACUCAUGACGCGCGUUUCACUCUCACAGGCGGGCAGUCUCAAUAUUUUUGCAUCACGCGACCAGGAAUAUGAGUUGCGUUCCAUGCUUUUGAAACGCCUUGCUUUCGUCAUCUACUGCAGCGAGUUUGAUCAGUAUAGCAAAUAUAUGCCCGACAUUCAAGAGCAAUUGGUCAACAGUCUUCGUCUAUUGCCCCUGGGACCUUCAGUGCAGGCUGCCGUUUUCUUAUGCUUCCGCGUCCUGUUGCUGCGCAUGUCGCCCGACCACGUUACCUCCCUGUGGCCCAUUAUUAUUGCUGAAAUGGUGCAUGUAUUUCUUGCCAUGGAACAUGAACUCAAAUCAGAGAGCGACGAUCGCAGUCAACAAUCACGUCUGCUAACCAGCAUCGACAUGUCUUGGUCAUCGAACUCCACCAAUAAUGGCACUAGUUCACAGUCGCCCAUGCAACAUUGGCGGUCUGUGCAAUUGGAGGCCUGUAAGCUACUCGAAUUGGGCUGCGUGCUGCCAGCAACGAUGCUGCCACACUUCCAAAUGUAUCGCUGGGCGUUUGUGGGCACCGAGUUCGAUGCACACGAGGAGGUGCCGGUGCCCAAUGGCGUGGAAAGCAUUCCCAAUUCUCUUUAUGUACCGCAUGUGCGUCGUGUAGCUCGGCUGAUGGAUAUGAAGUACAUCACCCACUCACCACUGCUAACUCGACGGAACAGCCAUCAUUUGAUGCUUACAUUCCAGCAAAUUCAAACGCUGCAGGAGCUCUAUCCGUUCUUCUCCACACUGAGCAUUAGCUGCCCGAAUCCGCACAACUUCGCGGACAUGGAGAAGGAUGUGAACGACUGUGUGCAGGAGAUUGAAGAGCUAUUAGCCAAGGACUUCUUGGAGAAGCUGCCGAGUAAUACAACACCUAGAUGAAAACUGGCAGUUGCCUUCAGGCAGUUUAGCAUGACACAGUUUAAUCUUGAGCUGGAUGAUGUAACUAUGGGCGCGCCAGCGGGCAGCAGCAAUUUUCCACUUGAUUUCAGCUAUGGAGUAGAGCCAAAUGCUGGACAGACGGCACGUAUCUUUGCGGCUUUUCAGUCGAAAAUCACAAACCAAAAUGCUGAGACAAGCUUCACACAAGUCACAAAGAAGACCAAUUUUCCAUUCUAUGUUUAAGAAGUUCGGCAGGACAAGUGCAGUAGUGAAUAUUAUUAUGUAGAAGUAUUAAAGGACAAUAUAAAAAAUGUAUGUUGUAUAUGUAGAAAGUCGAGCUGGCAUAAUAAAUAUGAUUGAUUUUUUGUUUAAAAUGUUGCGAGUACAAGAUAUAGAUAUGUUUGGCUAUUAUAUGAUAUGUAAUUAUGUAGGAAUAUGUACGUAUGUUUGAACUGUUGAUAAAUACCUUGUAACGGAAUAAAUCGCCUGUUAACAAAACACUUUAUUUAUUUAAGUAAGCUAAAAAAUUGUACAUUGUAUAAAUGCCCGGCUAAUUGAGUUUCUCUCCCGGUAUAUCGUAUAUUAAUCUAUGAGUCAUCAGCGUAAAAUAUGUCAUAAUUAUUAUUAAAAAUUUCUUGUAUAUAGGUACUACUGAAUAGUAUGCUUUUAUACUCCAUCUGAUGAAACAAUUAAAACAAAAUUAUCAACUUAA